AAUGCCAGCAUGAGAGACGUUGACCGCUGCAUCGCUGUGAGCUAUAUAAGUGGUGCCCCCACACGUGUUUUUCCACCACCGCUAUCUCUGCACUCUCUCUUGAAGCAAUAAACUUGGCAAAGGAACACGCUUCCUGGGUAGACGCCGCUCAAGGAGACUCAAAGGGACUGACAAUCUCCUUGCCCUUCCCCCCUCACAACAAACACCCUGUGAGGUGGGAUAGAUGGACGGAUGCUCCUUCACUGACCUGGGUGAAUCCUCCACCGACCCAGCCCAGACAGACACAGGCUCUGGUGGGCCCGAGCCGUUUGACUCUGAGCUUAAGAGCCAACGCUGGCCAGGGAGUGCCCAAGACCCCUCUCAAAGCCUGCCGCUCUUGGAGAGGCUGGAAGCCCAGGACUUGACAACCAAAAUGGAGAUGGAACCGUCAGGGGAAAAGGGCAGCAAUUCGCAAACUCCAACAAGGAAAAUCUGGAAACGAAUCUGGGGGGCGCUGAGCUGCUUAACGGGAGAUAUGAAGGCAUUUGGAGACUGGCUGAAAGAUAAGCCUCUGCUGUUCCAGUUCGUCGACUGGGUUCUACGGGGCAUAUCUCAGGUGAUGUUUGUCAGCAACCCUCUCAGUGGGCUGAUCAUAAUCGCAGCAUUCUUGGUCCAGAGCCCUUGGCUGACCCUCACUGGAUGCUUAGGAGGUAUCAUCUCAACUUUAACAGCUCUUCUUCUGAGCCAGGACAGAUCUGCCAUCGCGGCAGGCCUCCACAGCUACAACGGCGUCCUGGUAGGAAUGCUCAUGGCCAUCUUCUCAAACAGUGGUGACUACUUUUGGUGGCUUCUGCUCCCUGUGGUUGUCAUGUCCAUGGCAUGCCCUCUUUUCACAAGUGCAUUGGCCUCCGUCUUCAGCAAGUGGGACUUGCCCGUUUUCACGCUUCCCUUCAACAUGGCCCUGACUGCCUUUGUAGCAGCUACAGGCCACUACAACCUCUUCUUCCCAGCGAAACUCCUCCAACCCAUAGCGUCGGUGCCCAGCCUCAACUGGUCGGAGAUCCAGGUGUCUUUGAUGGGCCUGCCGCUGGGGACCUGGGGCUUCUGUUUGACUUCCCUCACAUUCCUGCUUCUCACUACCAACAACGAUGCCAUCUACAAAUUGCCUCUCUCCAAAGUCACAUACCCCGAAGCCAACCGGGCCUUCUAUCUGGCCGAAAAACGGAAACAACCGAAAUCUGCUUGCGACGUGUAGUGGCUAAGUCCCGGGCUUUCCCCCCAGCCUACGGUUGAAGCAGCAAGCGGUCUUCCAGAGGAAGAAGCCAACCUCUGAACGAAAACGAAGCUUGUCAGUUCUCAGUGGUCCUCGCAACCAUUCAACAUUGCAAAUACCUUUCCUCAAAUCAGGGGGAGUCAGAAUUCAAAGCAUACUUUGGUCAGAGAAACGAACGCAAUCUUGUAUACAACGGGGCAAGAAACGGAGAAAAAGAGGGUUUCGCUCCAAGAUAGACAACUGGCAAUCCAGUCCCUGAAUUGCCUUCUCAUUGACCCUAUGGAAUUUUAGUCUGGAUGGGACAAAGAGGUUGCUUAAUAUGUGACUUAUAUGGUAAAGAAGAAGAAGAGUUUGGAUUUAUAUCCCCCCUUUCUCUCCUUUAUACCCCCCCUUUCUCUCCUGCAGGAG